AUGCAGUUCUCCCUCCUCUCUUUCGCCGUCCUGGCUGGCGCUGCCGUCGCCUCUCCUCUGGCUGCCGAGCUUCAGAUUGAGCAGCGUGCAGCUGCCGCUGACAACUGUACUCAGUAUACCAGCGUUGCCGCUGGGAGUGUUUGCAUUCACAGCCCUUCUGACUGUACCGCAACAUACUUGGUGCAACCUGACGAUACCUGCGGAUCCAUUGGUGCCAUCUAUAACAACUUCACUCUGUCAAUCUUCCAAUACUGGAACCCUGAUAUUGGCAAGACCUGCUUCGGUCUCCAAGCCUAUGUCCCAGUGUGCAUCAACACUCCUUGGUAUACAUUCACUCCUCCCGUCCAGGAGCCCGAAGGCACAGUCGAAGCCGACACUUCCAACCCCAUUCCCCAAAUGCCCAACAUUGUGUCAAACUGCAACAAUUUCGAACUUGCUGGUGGUGGAUACACCGUUGACACCAUAGUGGCAUCAAACAACAUCUCAGAGGAUAACUUCCUUGACUGGAACCCUUAUAUCAACAAAACUGCACCUGUUGCUUGGGAGGGUUACUGGGUCUGCGUUGGCGUAGCAGCAUAG